AAACAUUCUUAACAAGUACUACUAUUUCCUCUUCUUAUCAUUCUCUAUUUGGAACAUUUCCUUGUACAAUCAGCCGGCCAAAUAGCAACACCCCACCAUUUAGUAAUUCUAGUACUACUAUUUUACUGUUUGGAAUUGUCUUUCAAGAUCACAUCAAGAAACAAGCAACAAAAAAUUGAGAGAAGAGUGUGCUGAGAAUCAAGAAACAUGAAUAGAGAUGAAGAUCUUAUUUUGUUUAGGGACAUGUAUAAGCGCGAAAAGAAAGAUCUUGCCAGCCUUCUUCUCCCUGUCCCUGAUGAAUUUGAGGCAAAUGGGAAUUAUGCAUUAUACAGAAUGGCUUCGGGCAAGAAAGGUCAAGUGGGAUUGGAUUCUAUGAUGAGUACUGAAACUGGAAAGAAUGAUUAUGACUGGUUGAAAACGCCUCCGGCUACGCCUUUAUUUCCAUCUCUUGACAUGGAAGCCAAUGCUCCAGAACUAGUUAUUCAGAAGGAGAUCCCAAUUAUUCAACCAGUUAUUACUGUGUCAAGGGUGUGUGCUUCAACUUUUUCUUAUUUUCAAUUUUUUCUUUGAAAUAGGACUAAUUCAUUCCUUCUCCUUAAUUUUAUCUCUUCAU